UCACGAUACUAAAAGAUUUCGAAAAAUCAAUAGCUAUGCGUCUUAUCUGCGGGUUUCAUUCGAUCAGCUUUUUGUAACUGAAUAAGAGUUUCGAAUGAGAAUAAGAUAAAGUUACAUGUAUGAUAAAAACUUCAUAAAAACAUAUGAUGCAACGUACAGAUAUUUUGAUGAUACAGAUGCAAGUUAUUUUUCGGCAAUAGCUGCACAUGAGAGGGCACUACUAUAGCCGGUCCAUGCUGCCGGUUAAAAUGGCGGCGUACUUGGUUAUAUAACGUGGUUUUUAUUUGGUAGCAGUUUUGUACGGCUUCUUCAUCGCAAUGUAUGCGUACGUGCGCUUUCUUUUUGAUGACGCGCGACUCGUUGUUCCGCUAACCAGCGUGAAAGGGUUUAGUACGCCAGCCGAUGUGACUGAUUUCAAUGGGAAUGUUAAUUUUCCCGUGUACAAGGUGUACUGGGCCGGCGACCAGAAGACCCGCGGCGGGUACUAUGAUGCGGAGAUUAUCUACUUAGCAGAAGAGGGAGACGACGCAAGGCGUGGUGGUGAAAGAAAGAGAUUACGUUCCAACGGGCGGGCCCACGGCAAAAAGGAUCAGGAAGUGUCCGCGAAGCGUCCCGCAAAGGUUGUUGCAAGCCAGAACAGGAAAACACGACUGAAUGUGCGCAGGCAACAAGAACUGGACAUGCUUGAUGACCUGAGCAGCGACACUGAUGAUGAGGUUGUCCCACGAGCUUUGCUUAAGGAAUGGGAUGAGGACAUCCGGUGUCUCAAGAACGAGAUCAAAGAGCUCAGGAAGGAAAACAUGAGAUUACAGAGAGUUCUCUGCACAAAAAUUCUGGAUGCCGAAACCCGUCUCAUGGAGUGCCAGUGCAACAAAAAAAUUUCACCUGGUGACACAUGUGGUAUCCAAGAUACAACUACGCAUAAGUCAGUGCCUGCAUCAGGGCUUGGAUUGCAGGCCAGCAGGCGCGAGCUGGGAAGCACAGCAAGUCAAACGAGAAACCUGCUAGAAUGCCAGGCUUUUGAGCCUACCAUCGUGCAAGAGGAGUCCACCGCAGCAACUGAGCUCGAGCAAGUGGUCUCUUCUGAGAUUGGUACAGUGCUGAGUGUCAGUGACGAACACAAUGUGUAUGAGGAUGCCCUUGCUGAACAGACAUCUGCAGAAGGUGGACAAGCUGUCUUGGAGACUGUGCCAACAUCCCCUUUGCUUUCGGAAGAACGUGGUGAUGUUGACAUUGGGAAUGGCACCAAAAUUCCCAAGUUUAAAUGGGAUCUCAUCCAUGCUCAAGAUGAGGAAACUAAGUUUGUUAAGGAGCUUGCAGUGGCGAUAUGGGGCUCGGAGGUGUUGGCACAGCGGACGUUCAGUGGGACACUGUCCAACAGAGCAAGGGCUGAGGGGAAGACUCAAGUGUUCCCUGCAUUGUCCCCUGUCAAGGUCCAAACACUGCGUGGUGCAUUUGUGAACUAUCUAACCUCAAGAAAGCAUGUCAAAGACCCAGGGGACCUCAAGAAGCGCACAAGUCUAAUGCGGACAUACAUUAGCCAAAAAAUCAGUGAUCUGCGGCGACGAAAAAAAACAUAAGUAAAAAUAUAUAUUGUGCCAAACAA